AAGUGUCCAUACAUAACAUCAUACUUUCAAAGUUUCCAUUCAUAGUGUGAUUUUCAUUUUUUUUCCUCUCUUGGAAUUGAGAUAUUCGGAUCCAUUUCUAAGGAAACUUGAAAUUCCAACUGAAAAUUCCAAAGAUGUGUAUGUAACUAUGUAUGUUCAUCUAUAAAUGUUAUCAUGUCCUUUGGUUUGUGGCAGAGAAUUUAAUGGCUUUUUAGAAAAACAAUCAUUCAUUCAAUUUAUUACACAUACCUGUCAACUUUCAACUACUUAUCUAUAAAUAUCAUCCCAAGAUAAAGACACCCCAAAGUUUUUAGCACCAUGCUUUGUCCUCAUCCUUAUUCCUAGAGAACAAAGCAAUGAAAUUUGAGUCAAUCAUCAUCAUUUAUUAACCCAAAAAAAAAAAAAGGAUAGUAGCUGAAGAGUUUUCUGAAUACUCUUUUGUUCUCUCUAUAUGUGUGUAUCUGUUUAUAAUUCAGCAUCCAAUCAUCCAUAGUAGCAGGUGAAAAGUUCAGAUUUUGAAUUGUGUUGGGGACUCAAAUCACCAAAAUAGUGAUGGUUUUGAGUAAAAGAAGUGUUUUUGGCACCAAGAUUGAGAUGGGGUUUGGCUUCAUGGUUUUGGUUUUGGUGGCUUUAUUGUUCAGUUUUAGUCCUAUUUGUGUGUUUGGGGAAAAACAUGGAAACCCUCAGAACCAGAAGAAGCUGAGGUUUGACAAAAAUGGAGAAUUCAAGAUUCUUCAGGUUGCAGACAUGCACUAUGCUAAUGGAAAGUCCACACUCUGCUUGAAUGUGUUACCUUCACAGAAUGGUUCUUGUUCUGAUCUCAACACCACUUCUUUUGUUCAAAGAAUGAUCCUUGCUGAGAAGCCUAAUCUCAUUGUCUUCACUGGUGAUAAUAUCUUUGGUGCUGAUUCCUCGGAUUCGGCGAAAUCAAUGGAUGCUGCAUUUGCUCCUGCAAUUGCAUCAAACAUUCCUUGGGUAGCUGUUUUGGGAAAUCAUGACCAAGAAGGAUCCCUGCAUAGGGAAGGAGUGAUGAAAUACAUUGUUGGUAUGAAGAACACAUUGUCUCAAUUCAACCCUUCAGAUGUUCACACCAUUGAUGGUUUUGGAAACUAUAACUUAGAAGUUGGAGGAGUUGAAGGCACUGAUUUUGAAAACAAAUCAGUGCUCAAUCUUUACUUCAUUGAUAGUGGAGAUUAUUAUAAGGAUCCUUCAAUUUCUUUUUAUGAUUGGAUCAAGCCAUCACAGCAACUCUGGUUCCAACAAACAUCCGAAAAGCUCCAGAAAGCAUACAAAAGUGGACCAAUGCCUCAGAAAAACUCUGCUCCUGGUCUUGCAUACUUUCAUAUACCAUUGCCUGAGUAUGCUAGUUUUGACAAAUCAAACUUCACAGGUGUCAAACUUGAACCCGAUGGCAAUGGCAUUAGUUCUGCUAAAGUGAACUCCGGCUUCUUUGCGACAUUAGUCCAAGCUGGAGAUGUGAAGGCAGUUUUCACCGGCCAUGAUCACCUCAAUGACUUCUGUGGUAAGUUAACCGGCAUAAACCUAUGUUAUGCCGGAGGAUUCGGAUACCAUGCAUAUGGAAAGGCUGGAUGGUCUAGGAGAUCAAGAGUGGUGGUAGCUCGCUUGGAGAAGACGCCGGAAGGAGCUUGGGGAGAUGUCAAGUCAAUAAAUACCUGGAAACGCCUGGACGAUCAAAAUUUUACUCAAAUUGAUGGACAAGUCCUUUGGAGCAAGAGCUUUGGAAGUAAGAUAUCCUGGAAUACUUGCAGUAAUCUUUUGGCUUUCUUGUUACUAAAUUAUGUUACCAAAUUUUCUUAGCAUAUUGCAAAUGAAAAAUCAUCAUGUUGUUACUUUAAGAGAAGGGGGAAAGUGGGAUAUGGAAAAUUAUUGUGUUGUAAACUAAAGUCCUCUGAAGGAAAUUAGAUAAACAAUGCUAAAUUAUUAUGUGAUUUUAGAACAAUGUUUAUUGCAUAAUUAUGAACUACCUAUGGUUUUUGUGUUAU